AUGAUGCCAAGGCGUGCCCAUGGCUCCUCAGACAAUCUGGAGCUGCUGCUGCUGGAGUCACCAGGCGGAGCAGCAGCAGCGGUAGUGCGGCAAGAAUCGCAGGAAUCAAGGGAGUCACAGCAAGAAGCAGGGGCAGCAGCACGAGAUGGAAAGGAGGCUCAAGCAAGGCCCGUGCCCCGGCUCCCUCCCAAGAGCCCCAAGGUCUCUCGUGGCCCACGUGCCCGUGCACAUGGCCACAGGCGCGCCCAUAGCUGCGGAGACCACCUGGACCUGCUGCUGCACGCAUCAGACGAACCACCAAAACCACUGGGAGGAGCAGCACACGUGCAAGGAGGUGAAGGAAGAGGAGGAGAAGGAGGAGGAGGAGGAGGAGGAGCAGUAAUAGCAGCAGAAGUGCGGCGAGAAGUGCAGGCUCAACAGACGUGCAUCCCCCGGCUCCCUCCCAAGAGCCCCAAGGUCCCUCGUGGCUCAUGUCAGCAGCAGCAGCAGGGGGAGCGAGAGGAGGUACAGCAUGAGAGGGUGCAGGAGGCGGCAGCACAAGGGCUGCCCAGCUGCCAUCCGGGCCACGAGGCAGUGAGAGCCCCCGCAGCUGCUCACCUGGUCCCUCUCAUAUGCCCCACCCUGCCCUUUCCUUCCCCAGUUCACGCUGCUGCGAAAGCAGAGAAAUCUUCAGUCGCAAAGAGCUUUACUGCUGCUGUUCAUGCCAAUGCUGCUCUCGCCACUGCUGCUACUAUAGACGCAGUAUCAAGUGGAACCCGAAGUGAGGCUUUGGAAGGGUAUGGGGCUGCAUAUGGGUACAGAGAGGCGGGGUUGGAGAAGCUGCAGAAAACGAGUGAGGGGGACGGGGGGAAUAUAGCCGAGCAAGGUUUCGAGCUCAAGGAGGCAGAGAGGGAGGAGGAGGAUACGGAGGAGGAUAAGGAGGAGGAGGAGGAGGAGGAGGAGGAGGAGGAGGAGGAGGAAGAGGAGGAGGAGGAGGAGGAGGAAAAGGAGGAGGAUAAGGAGGAGGAGGAAAAGGAGGAAGAGGAAGAGGAGGAAAGCAGUGAAGAGCACCGCACGGAUUGCUGUAGCGGCAGCAGGGGUUGCUACAACGGCAGGGAGGAAGGCAUGGGGAACGGCUGUAGCAGGGGGCCACAGAGGAGCAGCAGCGUGGAGAGGAGCAUCCAGGGCAUGAACGAUUGCACCACUCCGUCUCAAGUUCCAGUGAGAACAAAGGCGGGUGGCAGGCGAUCGCUGCACCGCCGAAGUGCCUCUGAGUGCCCCUUCGAGCAGGCCUUUGGCCGUGCAUCCUUUGGACGAAGCCUGCAGCGCUGUGACAGUGCACGGAGUGUGGGCAGCGGGGGCAGUUUGGGCAGUGUGGGCAGUGCGGGGAGUGCGCGGUUGGUGUGUGAGCGCAUCUUGAGUGGAUGUUCCAUGUCUCCUGUGCCCAUCAUCCUCUCCUCCCACCUGGUCAGUGUGGGGCUGCCUCAACGGUCCCGCACGGCAGAGACAACUGCUGAGAGGUAUGAUGCGUGCAGGGCUGAUUGGGACACUGCAGAUGCGUGCAGGGCUGAUUCACACACUGCAAGCACGACUCAUUCGCACUCAACAGGGAGCAUUGACUACUUCUCUGCAGCAGCAGGCGGAAUAACCAGCACUGGUGCCCCCCAGUUGCCAAGGAGAGCAGCAGCACCAUCAGCGGGUGUGUCUAAACGCAUGGGUGUCUCAUCCUCCCUCUCCCUACCUCACGCCUCCUCCUGCCCGCCUUCCCCGUCGUAUCCCCCCUCUGCCGGCCUCUUUCUGCCCGGCCUGCCCCACUGGACCAAGCGGUCGCUCCCUCGCUCGCUGCGCAUCUCCCGCUCGCUGCUCUCCUUUCCAGAGCGCGCCCUGCUGGAGCACCGCCAGGAGACCGCCCUCCUGCAGGGCAUGGACGGCAGUCAGGAGAGAAUGGGGGGGAGAGAUGAGGGGAGCAAGGAGGAGAGGAUGGACCAGAGAAAAGGGAUGAGUGUGCGAGUGAAGAGUGACACCUCCCUCCUGUCGGCAGCAGCAGCAGCAGUGGCAGCGCCAGUGUCCCCUGGAGAGUCAAUCCGAGCGGCGGUGGCGGUGUAUUCCGCUUCGAGAGAGUUCUGGCGCCCCCCCUCCACCCCCAAGCCUGUGCAGCACGCCCGGCUGUGCCUCCCCAGGUACUCCCCCUCUGUGCCGCCCAUCGGCAUGGAGAAGCUGAUGCAGGGCGCUGCAGGGGGAGGCGAAACUGGGGCGGGUGGGUUUGCUGGGUUUGGUUCGUUUGGCGGUGGGAGUGGGGGUUGGGGGUUGGUGACGGGAUGGUGGGGUGCUGGAGAGGGUGUGGAAGGUGAGAAGGAGGGAAAGGAGGGGAAGGAGGGGACGGGAGAGGCGGGGUGGCCUGGGUUUGAAGGAUUGGCGGACGUGGCUUGGGGGAUGAUGUGGGCGGGAGGUGGGGAGGGGACGAGCGAGGAGAAGAAAGAGGGGGUUGUCGAUGAAGGUGAGGUGGAGGCCGUGGGAGAUAAGGAAGAAGAGAUAGUUGUCGAGAGAGGAGAGGAGCAAGGUUUCACUGUGGGAGAGAACUGCCCAUCUGCAGAGGGGGGUUGA